AUGAAGGGAUUCGUUGAGCGAGAAAAGGUCAGGCAAGCUGAGCAGGAAGAGCAAGCGAAAGAAGCUAGAGAAAAACUUGAGAACCUCUACUCCUCAGAAUACAUCGAUAUAUACACGUCACAACCGGACCAAGACCUCGACGAUACCGAAUGGGAUGACGGAGUGGGAACCCUCCGGCUCGGCAAGCGUCUCCCACAAUACAACUUCGGCAUAGGCAAAGGAAUGAUGGGAGCAGUACUCGACAUCUUCGGCGGGCCCGAAGAAGCCACUGCUAUCAAUAUGAAAAGACCAAAGUACGCGUCUCUUGAUGCUGUUAAGGUAUCCUUCUACGACGACGGAGAGGCAGAGAAGUUUACCACGAAGCUCACCUUCCUUAGGAAUGGUCUGUUGGAGUUGGUUAUUUCAAACAGACAGAUGCGAUCAACGGUGUCUACUUCGUCGGCAUACACGACCAAGAUAUGA